AUGUCGGAGGAGAAGGUGAAGGUGCUCGUCCUGGGCCCGAGCAAGUCGGGGAAGUCCACCAUCACCAACUUCCUCGCCGGGGUCCGCGACACGCCGACAAAGGAGUACUACGAGACCAAACCCCUCCGCAUUCUGGAGGUGGAGAUCGGCCUCGACAACCUCAAGGUGGGCAGCCGCCACGUUGCGGGCCCAAAGCGGGCCGUCGUGCAGCUGUGGGACCUCAGCGGCAGCAGCAAGCACCAGGCAGGGUGGCCAGCCGUGGCGGCCAACGCGGACGGCAUUAUUUACGUCUUUAACCCUGAAGUGCGGGGGUCGGAGAAGGAGCUUGUGCUGUGGUACAAGAAAUUUGCGCUUGACCAGGACGAGCUGGACGAGAACAACAACUUCAAGAUGCGUGUGCUGGACAAGCACUCCUUGGUCUUCUCGCAUCACUCCUCGGUGCCGGAAUUGGCCGUCGGCGACAACGCGAUCCCCGCGCUGCCCAAACAACUGAGGGGCGUGCGCGCCAUGGAGACCUCGUUGGAUUACCAGAGCGGCAACUUUAAGGAGGCAUUCGAUGCCAUGGUGGAGCAGAUUAUUCUCUCACGCAUACUAGCCGAGGAGGAUGAGCUUUUGCAGAAGGAGCGCGAUGCCGGAGAUGCACCUCGGGUGCUGCGUUGA